UCAUUGGAGAUUAUUAUUUGUUUAUAUUGUUUUAAAAGCUAAUUUUCUUCAAAAAUUGUUAGGGUUUUGGAGAGAUGGAAAAGAAGAAACGAGGGAAGAAGAUUAAUGGGUAGUUUUGGGUUAACAAAUUCGUAAUUUAGGUUUGAGAUAAGGAGUUAUUUAGUUGGAAGCAGUUCUAGAAAAGAGAGAAAAUUCAGGCUCUUGAAAGGAAAAUUUUCUCGAGAAGGUGCUGAAGGAACUUCCGGUAAAAGGAGACAUUGCUUGCAGACCGGAGUCCGUUCAAGAUUCAGAGCUAUACAAUUUUGAAAUUGGUGAGAACCAGAAGCUUCCUUUGCAAAUGUGUAUCAAAUUUAUCUGUAAGAGAAUAGGGUUAAUCCCAAAAAUGUGGCAGGCAGCUUCCACAACCCAACUGCAUUUUCUUCGAAAUACAACUCCAUAUAUCUUCAGAAGUUUCUCAGCAUCCAACCAGCAUUCUUUCACAGUGUCUUACCUCGUAAACUCAUGUGGGUUGUCCCCAGAAAGUGCUAUUUCUGCAUCCGGGAAGAUACGCUUUGAAAACCCUAAAAACCCAGAUUCUGUUCUCGCUCUUCUCAGAAACUCUGGAUGUACCAACACCCAUAUCACCAAAAUUGUAACCAAGCUUCCUUCACUGCUUUUGGUCAAUCCUGAGAAGACCCUUUUGCCCAAACUCGAAUUUUUUCGUUCUAUGGACCUUUCUGGUGCUGAUCUUGCUAGCAUUCUCUCUUCUAGGCCAAGUAUCUUGAGGAAGAGCUUAAAAAAGGUUCUAAUUCCCAAGUAUAAUUUCCUCAAGAGUCUAAAUAUCAGUAAUGAAGAUGCCGUGAAGGUUCUUAAGAGGUCAUCCUGGAGUUCUAGUGGAAAUCUGGAGAGGACCAUAGCUGCCAAUAUUGCAGUUCUGAGAGAAAUUGGAGUUCCCAUAUCCCACAUCUCAUUUUUAGUGGCGCGUUAUCACUCAAUCGGCCAAAGGAGCGAUAAAUUCAGUGAAAAUGUCAAGGCGGUUGUGGAAAUGGGAUUCAAUCCUUUGAAAUUUACCUUCCUGAAUGCUCUCCAAUCAUUCUGUCAAAUGACUGAAUCAACUCGGCAACAAAAAAUGGAGAUGUAUAGGGGAUGGGGUUGGUCUGAAGAUGAGAUUCUGUUGGCAUUCAGAACUUGUCCACAAUGUAUGCAAUUGUCUGAGAAGAAAGUUACAAAGGUGUUGGAUUUCCUUGUGAACAAAAUGGGUUGGCAGCCUGCAGUUGUUGCUAGGGCGCCAAUCGCUCUCUGCCUCAAUUUUGAGAAGAGGGUUGUUCCAAGGUGUUCAGUGGUGAAGGUUCUGAUGUUGAAAGGGUUGGUAAAGAAGGAUUUAAAGUUAGGUCAUUUUCUGAGUGUCACUGAGGGGGAUUUCGUGGAUAAGUAUGUAAUCAAAAAUCUGGAUGACAUUCCUCAGUUAUUAGAUCUAUAUCAAGGGAAGGUGAGUUUUAUUGAGCUAGAAUUUGGGUCUUAGGAAACCCUGAGGGGUAGCUUAGUUGGUCCGGCCUUGGGUUUGCUCCCCAAUGGUCACCAGUUCGAGUCCCCUCAGCUGGAGGUUUACCCGGUCGCUAACUUCAGGGCCCCGUCGAAUUAGUCGAGGUGCGCGUAAGUUGGCCCGGACAUCCACGGUUAUAAAUAAAUAAAAAAAUUGGAUCUUAGGAGAUAGUGAUACAUGACAUGAAAUGAUUGUAGCAUUUCAACUCUGCAGGCCCAAGUAAUUAUCAUUCUUCCCUAGGUGUUGCUUUAUUUCCGGCACAUCAGUCUUUGCAUAAUUUUGAUAAUUGUCUUAACCAACUUCUGCUGGUGGUAACAUCAAACAAUUUCUUCUUUUCGUUUUGUUUAUGCUGGACAGUACAUGCCUUACAGCUUCAUGGAGAUAUGUAUUCAAUGAUGAAACAAAAAAGUGGGUAUGAAAACCCCAAAAGUUUUGUAUGGGUUGUUUCUAAAGUUUGGUUUGCAGAUGAUGGCCCUGGUAUUGAGUAUGUAUCAUCCUUCUUCCCUCCAUGGGAAGUGUCCUGUAGGGAACUAAAAGGCGUGUUUCGUUUUGCUUUUGCCAAUCAAUAUAUGAAUUUAGCUGCAUUUACUAGUUUUCAUUAUGUUUGCAGUUAGUGAAAUGGUGGUUAAACCAAGUUUCUGUUGGGGGCUAUUAAGCAGUUCAAAGCAGAAGAGCUUCAGAGCAUUAUAUAGAACUACUUGUGUUAUAUGGUGAAAUUAGUUCAUCUCUCUUAUGCGGGCUUCCCUCCUUUGUAUUUAAAGAUAUUACUGAUGAGGCUUAAUCUUCUCUUGAGAAAUGUUGAACAAAGGAUUUUAGUUGCAAGUUUCUUUCUCGCGUUGAUGUGAAACCAAAAACAGAAUUACAUAGAGGAUGUGUGGUUUGAAUUCUAGAAGGGAUUGAGACCAAUUUUCUAAACAAUGCCCCACAAGGGGAAGCUAAGCUUCAACAAGGUCAAGUGAUUCUAACCACUUGCUGCAACCCUUGUCCCAAAUGAUUCAACAUGGUUUCAUUUCAUUUAGUAGGUCCUUUCUUGCCAUUCUAUCCUUCAUAUUUGUAUUAAUCUUUAUUUGGAAGAUUUCUUUUGUUUAUUUAUUUAUUUUCCGGUUACGGAACUUAAGGAAUGAAGGUGUGAAGAUGAGAUUUGGUUGAGAAAGCAUCCUGUGAGUAUGAAUAUUAUUGAUAGGGGAGUGGAUUUCUUUGUGAACAAGAUGGCUUGUGAGACACCUUCCAUUGCUAAUACAAUGCUUCUGUUUCUCAGUUUUGGAAAUAGGAUCAUCUUUGAGUAGUUGAGUUGUUAAAGUUCUGCUGGGGAAGAUGGUUGGUGAUGAGAGAUUAUUGUUUAAUUGUUGUAUUAGUAAAAGGAUUUUAGUAGGGGCAUUAUCCUCCAUCAUUGCCUGCAUCUGCUCAUGAUUUUAGCAUCAAAGUACUUUUGUUUUCGGUUUA